AUGAUCUUAUUACUAUCGUUCUUGUAUAUGUUGACGAUAUUGUGCUUACAGGGAAUGAUACCCAAGGAAUUACGGAUACUAAAACUCUUACUUAAGCAGGCUUUUGAUAUCAAAGAUCUGGGACCCCUCACUUACUUUCUCGGCAUUGAAAUCUCACAAACCGCUGAAGGGAUAUACCUCUCUCAAACGAAGUAUAUUCUGGACCUUUUACGUGACACAGGCAAACUCGGUGCCAAACCCGCCAUUACACCGCUUGAGGCGUCUUACAAACAACAACACGAGGGAGAAUGUUUUCCGGAUAUUACUCAAUACCGGCGCGUUGUAGACUGGGCCGGAGACAAAACCGAUCGAAAAUCAACAACGGGAUAUUGCACGUUUCUAGGAGGAAACUUGGUAACCUGGAAGAGCAAGAAGCAAAAUGUCGUAGCACGAUCAAGUGCCGAGGCGGAAUACCGGGCAAUGGCGAACACUACAUGCGAGUUAAUCUGGCUCAAACAUCUCUUGGAUGAUCUUGGAAUCUCGUGUAUACUCCCGAUGCCCCUACACUGUGAUAAUCAAGCAGCAUUGCAUAUAGCGGCUAAUUCGGUGUUUCACGAGAGAAAGAAACAUAUAGAAGUUGACUGUCAUCUUAUUCGAGAAAAGGUCGCUCAAGGACUUAUAGCAACAGAAUAUGCACGGAGCUCGGAACAACUAGCAGACAUUUUCACCAAAGCUACGGGAUCGUACGUGCUUCAAAAACUCCUUAGCAAGAUUGGCCUCGUCGACAACCUACGGCCAAUCUUGAGGGGGAAUGUUGGAACCGAGCUUAUAUUCGAAGUACAAGAAGAGGCGGAACAUGAACGUGAUGAUGGUUUACUUGGAGAAGAAGCAACGAAUAAGAAAGAGGAAACAAUCCAAGAUGAUAAAUCAGGACAACAUCAAACACGUGAUCUGCCGUUAGAAGAUUGA